AAAAAAAAAGCGUAAACACCUGCCAUAUCACUGUCAAUAACAGCCUCCAAACUAAAAAGGUAAACGACCUUCAACACGUCUUGGGGUCACAGUUGAGCGUAAAGGCAGCUGUUUGGUUGUCACCCCCACGCUGCAGUCGACAUCACUUCAGUCACUCCGCGCCCGUUGGAUCGUCGCCACGCUAUCAAAGAGACGCGCCGCGGUUACACGAUAUUUGCAUAACGGAUUUAUCAGUUUUUACGCAAAAUUGUGCUUUUGGAACUUAACCUCCAACCCGUGUGUAUAUCUCUUUAAGAGCUCGGAUUUUGGCUCUCCGGGGAGGUAGCUGGGUGUGUGUCGUGAAAGAUUAGGGAGGGAGGAGAGAGAAGAGAGACUGCUGUCUAGUGAUCACUGACUUACAAAGCGAGGAAAGAAAGCGGACUGGUCAAGUAGAAUGGUCGCUCAUAGCUGGCGUUAUUGUAACAGUCCAAAAUAAACCAGCGCCGGCAGAAUCUAUAGAAAAAGGCGGAGAGUCGUUUAUUUAAAGGGACUACGAAAAGAAGAUAACAUCACGUUUUUUUUUUUUUAAUUAUUAUUUAAAUAACUGGCAAAGAAACAAAGGAGCUAUUAUAUGCUGAUAUUUCUGCACGGUUCUCCUCUGAAAAAGGCUAGGUGCUGGAGUCGUGUGUAAAUACAAAACACACACCGGACUUGCUGUACGAUAUAUAUUUUUUAAAAGCACCGGAUUUGAAGUUUUCCAGUCCUCAACGGAGCGGCUUUACAGACAAACACUAGAACCGACCGAAAGGAAGCAUGGCAGCAAUAAGCAGCCCGGAAUCGAGUCCCCAACCCCGGGUAUACUUCCAGACGCCGCCGGAGACCGAGCAGACCGAAAUCCCGGUUCGGAAACAAGGCAGGGUGACUGUGAAAUACGACCGAAAAGAACUUCGAAAGAGACUCAAUUUGGAAGAAUGGAUCAUCAACAGACUGACGGACCUCUACGACUGUGAGGAGGAGGCGAUCCCAGAGCUGGAGAUAGACGUUGACGAGCUGCUUGAUCUUCCGAGCGAGGAGGACCGCGCCGCCACGGUCAAGGUGGGUCUGCAGCCCAGCAUGGGGGCGCGUUGGGGUUGUCUCAAAGUGUACAGCUCUGGAUUUCAGAGUUUCGUGGCCGAGCUGCUUGAUCGAAUACGAGGGAUGCAGAAGCUGACCACGCCACAGAAGAAAUGACGUCGGACCGGGGGGGUCGGGGGGGG